AUGCUUGAUUCGCUCUGCUGGGCCAAAUUUCUUGAACGACCUGAUAGCUCUAACAUCUUUGUUUCGAUUGCCCCUCUUUCUUUUGUUGACCAGUUGCGGUCUUCGCGCAGUGACGAGGUAGUGGAGCUGGAUGUUGCAAAGUUUUCAUUCAAAAGCCACAUUCCGUGCGAAGACGAGUACCUAGAAGUGCGAUACCGCAAGGACCUGAGUGUUACCGGGGCAAGAUUUUGUGUCUCAAAGCCGGAGAAAAUUAUCAGUGAAUCGAACGUGCUUGCAAUAUCAUAUCGCGGAUCAGAGAACAGUAGUAUAAUACUGAUAUUCCGAUGCGGGUCGUCUUUUCUAGCUUCGACUGAUGCCCAUAACAAAGCUGCGGAGGAGAGCAUCAAGGGGACGGACGUCAAGUCAGAAACCGAAAUAACGAUUAAUUCGCCAGCAGAACUGCUUGAAACAAAGAUCCAAAAGUCGUUUGUCUCCAGUUCACAGUCCACGGAAACGAUCAUCAGAACUUUGGAGGAAGGCAAGCAGAAGACGAAGAAAAAAGGGCAGAAAGAUGUUAUUAUUCCAGAAUUACUUGUUGAUGAACAUUUGCCCAACUUCAAAAUGAGCAAUUUUAAGACGAGUGGACAGAAUGGACUACUUGCUCGGCGAACUGCGGCGGCUGCGGCACGCAAAAUCGCAACAAAACUCGACCGUGAGUUGCACUUUCACUCAUCUCUUCUUCGAAUUCAAUCACCUUCCUGUUUUAAAAGUUCUUAA